AUGAGAUUCUCAAGCUCAACUGGAAUUUUGGUUCUAUUUACAGCCACGACUGUGAACGGCCUCUGCACCUGCUUUGCUUCCACCGCGAAUGGUGUGGAACAUGAUAUCGAGGCUGGUAAGAGGUGUUGUAUAGGCAAGGGCGACAAACUUGAAGGGAACCUUUGCAACGCAGUGUCAUUUGAGACGUUCGGGGCGUGCUGCGACAGCCAGAAAGGCUCAUCGGGAGUUAUCCCCAGCGGUUUCGAUUGUGCAGUGACUCCUGAGACUAUCUUGAAUGGAACAAACUAG